GUGAGUGUGUGGCUUUUGGAUGUUGGUGUUUUGGAUGCCAGGUGUCAGUGCAGCUUCAACUGGGUGAUCGAUUAAGUUGCAACAAAAGCUCUGGCCGCCGUGUGAUCUCCUGUUGUCGAGUCUUUCCCUCUGUAGGGGUUGUUAUUGGUGCUUUGGUCUUGCUUGAUGCCUGGACUACAAGAGGAGGAGAUGGGUAUGACAAUGACAGAGAAGGAAGAGGCAAAGCRGCGGAAGAAAAUGAAGGCUCUUUCAGAGGAUAGAGAUGCUGAUGGGUCUGGCAGUGGUGAUGAGAAGAGGAAGAAGAAGAGGAAGAAGAGAGAUGACGAUGGCGCUACUGCAAAUGGGUAUUCAAACAAAUACAGGAGGGAGGAGGCUGAGGGGGACAGCAGUGGAAAAGUGAAAAGCCGGAGACGCGAUGAUGAUGUUAUUGAGGAGGAGGGACGGAGGAACAAGAAGCCUGUUGAUGAGAGCGAACCGUUUGGCAGUGAGGGAAGAUGGAAGCCGGAGGAGGAUGUAAUGCUGAACGGCAGGAGAAGACAUUACGAGGAUGGUAGUCUUGAGGAGGGAGAGGCUGGUAUCAAAAGGUGGGGUGAUCCGGAACCCUCAGACGAAGGGGAGGAGGAGGAGGAGGAGGAGGAGAGCGACCCGUUGGACAUCAAGAAUUUCCGGCUGUCGAAGCCUGUGAGGGAUGCCUUGGAGAAGAAGGGCAUCAAGGCCUUGUUCCCCAUUCAGGCGCAGACUUUUGAUUACUGUCUAGAUGGGUUCGAUGUGGUAGGACGAGCUAAAACAGGGCAGGGGAAAACACUUGCGUUUGUUCUCCCCAUCAUCGAAAGCCUGUCCCGACCCGGUGCUAAUGUCUUCCCUGGACGGAAGCUACCCAGUGUCUUAGUUCUGGCUCCGACGAGGGAGCUGGCAAAACAAGUCCAUGCAGAUUUUGAGAUGUUUGCAAGGACGAUGGGUCUGUCGACAGUGUGUGUUUACGGAGGUGCGAGCUUCACUCCUCAAUGUGAUGCGAUGAGGAGAGGUGUGGACAUCGUUGUAGGUACCCCUGGGCGAAUCAAGGAUCACCUGAAUCGUGGGGUGCUGAAUCUGACAAGGCUGAAGUUCCGAGUGCUGGACGAAGCCGAUGAAAUGCUGAACAUGGGAUUUGUAGAGGAUGUGGAACUGAUUCUGGGCGCUGUWGGGGACGCGCAGAAUGUGCAGACUCUGCUCUUCAGUGCAACGAUGCCUAAGUGGGUGCAACAGAUWKCAGCUCGUUUUYUGAAACCGGAGCGGAAAAUGGUYGACCUGGUGGAAAACCAAGUGUUGAAAGCGAGCAACACUGUCCGCCAUCUUUUGCUAGCGUGCAAUGCGGCACAGGUGGAGGGCGUCAUUGGGGAUGUAAUCCAAUGUUACAGCAAGGGAGAGGGAAGGACAAUCGUCUUCACGGAGACCAAGAACGCUGCAACUGAGCUCGUUUCGCGGCUGCGGAACGUGUCUGCAAAGGCACUUCAUGGGGACAUCGUCCAGGCACAGAGAGAAGUGACUCUGGCAGGUUUCCGCUCUGGAAAGUUCAAAGUGCUUGUAGCCACUGAUGUGGCAGCCAGGGGCUUGGACAUCGCCAAUGUCGAGCUGGUGAUUCAGUUAGAGCCGCCAAGGGAUGUCGAGAGCUACAUCCAUCGUUCGGGGCGUACUGGCAGGGCAGGGAAGACGGGCAUAUCUCUGCUGAUAUGUCAACCUGGAAGGAGAAGCCGUGUUGCCAUGAUUGAGAGGGCUGCUGGAGUGAGAUUUGAGAGGAUAACACCCCCGUCUUCUGCAGAUCUUGCCCAGGUGUCUACAGCAGGAGCUGUUGAAGCGAUCAAAGCUGUUCCCGAGCGUGCGGUGUCCUACUUCAAGGAAGCCGCUGAGUCUUUGAUUAAAGAGGAUGGAGCUGUGGAGUCUCUUGCGAAGGCGCUGGCCAAGAUUGCUGGUCAUCGCGCAGCAUUAUCACGGUCUGUGUUGACGUUCCUGCAAGAUGGUGUGACACUCCAUUUCCAUUCUGAAACUGAGAUAUAUUCGCCCGGUUAUGUGUGGACCUGCUUACGGAGGGUUCUCAGCGAGGACGUCGUGAAUGAGGUUAAGGGAUUGACAUUGACGAUGGACCGAAAAGGGGCUGUGUUUGAUGUGCCAACAAAAUUUGCCGAACAGUUCACGUCCUUUACGGACAGUCGUGGGGGCGUAUGGGUUGAGGUCACAGAUUCGCUUCCGGAGCUACAAAUGGACAGGGAAACAACUGGACGAGGUGGGCGAGGUGGUGGGAUGAGGUUUGGGGGUGGUGGAGGGGGAGGCUAUGGGCGGCCUGGCGGCAGGGGUGGAGGAAGAGGUUUUGGCAGCAGCGGUGGCAGACGAUCGUCAGGGUCAGGAGGCCGGUAUUAUGGAGGCUCGAGGAGGUGAUCAUUCGUCAUAUAUGUUAUUUGCUGCCUGGUGCAACUUGGCUUUGAGCGGGGACGGGAGGGUGGGGUGGGGGGUGUGGAGGUUGAGCUCACCGAUGGCUCGUCUUGCGAUUAGCAUCCUGUUAUGUCAUGUCUCCCUGCAUUGUUGCUGUUAUACUGUGCUCAUUUUAGAGCCUUCGUUCUCUGCCACCACUGAGGGUGUUCUCGUAUUGUUGCUGUGAACCCUUCUCCCCUCUCUGAGAAAGGUAGCUUUCUUCUGCAUCAGUGGGUGGAAAUGGUAGGGUGAGCACUUAGUUCAAUCUUUCCUCUUUAGGUUUUGGGUUGCUGUCCAGAUUUUAUCAUCUCCUUCAACACGAGACGGGCUUGAUUGUACCCCUCGUUGGGGAAUGUUGCUGGGACCGCAUCAGACCUAUCAACGCAUUUCCUAAGUUUCUUGUCGUACCUUCGCCGGCUCUCAAGAACAGACUUUCUCUUGCAGUUGCAGGCGGAGAGAGUGAGGAUUGUUUCAACUUUUAUUAUUUGCUACAGCUUUUUGUCAUUUCCUCUGAAGAACAGAAGUGCAGUUUCCGCAUCGUACGUGUCCCCCCCCCAAACCCCAGCCCCUUUAUGGGUUUAGGUUCAUUUUUGUACACCUCUGCCUAACACUCUCCAUGCUUUUUAGGUGCGUUAAGCCUUGCCUGAUCUUGAUUUUUGGCUGCAGCGUAAGUCAAUGUUAGGUCUUUGGCACAUGGCAUGAUAUGCCUCCAUUUUUUUUUAUUGUUAGUGGAGUGAGGCCCUAGCAGUCUGGACCCAGUGAGAAACGGGUUGGAAUGCAGGCAGUGGUGGCUGCUGCAGUAUGUCUCCUUGAUGAACAGAAGAUAUCUCUCUGGAGGAUGGAGUGAUCGACUGUUCUUCCUCUAGGCAAAAUGCGUGAGCAGUCCUGCCUCUGGCUGUGAAGCGUCACAGGGCGGCGAUAAUUUCUUACCGGUGCAUAGGGGGGAAGUUUAGUGGAGUGUUUGAUUUGUCUUUUGUAGCUUCACUCCAAUGAGCAAGUCAGGAUGCCUGUUGGGGUGGAUCUGUCCGCCAAAUGACGCUAGAGAACAAGGGAGCGGCAAUGGAAGAGGAGGGUUUUGUUUUUCGGAAUUCCUUCCUCUCUUUAGCAUGAGGGUGAGAGAGGGAUGGUUGUGCCAAAUGCACUGCAGGGUGGUGCAUUUGUUUGGCUGGUCUUCGCCCCGCUUGCUGGUAGAAAAGGAAACCCAGUGUCCAUUAUCAUUCAUUUGGUGAGCGACAUCUGAUGAAUGGCGGGCAAUGUCCAGUCUGAAAUAGGGUAGCAAGCCGGGUUCGUAGAUCUGUCCGAUGAGGAGGAAACGUAAGGGACAUAUUACAGUGUGUUGAUGUGGACGGAGGGAGGACUGUUAAGCUUUCUACAUAGCUUGUUUGGAAGUUGAGAGUCAAGUGUUCUGUCUUCCCAAAAAGUUGAUUGGGUUGGUUAGUUGUUGGCUAAUCAAUGGUUUGCUGCUGUUGCUGUAAGAGCAGAGUUUGGUUGAAUUGGGGGGGGGGGGGGGGGAAGUCCCUGAUGUGCAAGAGGACAAACCUAGCUCAGCUCAGAAUGCAUCUGGGCAUCAGAACCAGUGAUCAGGUAUGUAUGUUCUGACUACUGGUAGGCUAGCUUUUGCAUUUCCAAGCCGGACCCAGGUAUGUAUGUUCGUGCUGCCUUAAAGAGACUACGUGGAUGAUGGAUAUGCUGCCUUGUGCGUGGCUGCUGAUAUCAGGAUCUGAACGAAAGCCCGGGGAGAGGUGGGCGAGUCAUGAGGUUGAAACCCGAUAAACCGAAGUAGAAACUAGUCAGGCUGGCAAGGUGAUAGAUUUGCACACAAACACGGAAUGUCUAAUCUAACGUCACAUCAAUCAGCCUGGCGACAAUUUGUAUUUGUUAUAAUGUUGGACGCUAUUCCCUUUUCUUCCACCUUUGGGUUCUUUCACAUCGUCUCUAAGUAUC